AUGCGAAUAUCAACCAUUUCGAAUAUACCUCAUCGACCUAAAAUUCAACGUAUGAGUCAAAGAGAACUUCAAGAAACUCAAACUAGUAAUGAUUUCAAUUAUUCAUCCACGGCAUCAACAAACAAAUGGAUAAAUGGACGUCAAAGCCAAGUUGUACCAGAAAUAAAUAAUUCAAUGAGAUUAAGUGAAGGACUACCAAGAAAUCCUAAUGAUAAUGAAGAACAAAAAAGUUUCUUUCGACGACCUUGGUUUUGGGUUUUUGCAGCUAUUUUUUGUUUAAUUCUUAUAAUUGCAAUUGUUGCCAUUGUUCUUGGUAUUAUUCUACGUAUGUUUAUUUUUUAA